AUGUCUGCCCAAGCACCCAAGUCCAUUUUCCUAUCCGCUCAGGGUGAGCUUCUCGUCCAGCCAGUGACAGAAACGUACACGGUCCAAGGCUCCCAAUGCCUCGUCCGCGUCGGCUAUUCAGCCGUCAACCUCUGCGAUUACAACUUCUUCUACAUGGGACUCAAUUCUUUCAUCACUGGAUUCGAGAUGUCCGGUACUGUUGAGCAAACGGGCCCCGACUCACAAUUCCAAGUCGGAGAUGCCGUCUUUGGCAUCUCCCCUGUCAUCACCCCAAUGCCAUCCUCACACGGAACCCACCAGGACUUGGUCGUCGCGAGGUCUGAACUGCUAUACAAGAUCCCAGCCGGUGUAUCGUCAAAGGACGCCAGCGUGAUCUGCAUGCCUGCGCAUACAGCGGCAGAUGCCUUGUUCAAUGUCAUUGGCAUGGGACUUCCAGUCGCUGGCGUGCCUGGCAUUGACCCUGUCGGCAAGGGAAUUCUCAUCUGGGGCGGCGCGAGCAGUGUUGGUAUGAUGGCCAUUCAAUUGGCCAAGGCUGCUGGACUCCAACAUGUCUUUGUAACAGCCUCAGCCAAGAACCAUGAUAUCCUCCGAGAGUUGGGAGCCACCCAUUGCUUCGACUACAGGAGCCGUACCGUGGUUGAAGAUAUCCAACAGACUCAAAAGACACUCGGCAUUUAUUUUAACCUUGGCGUUCGAUACUUCAUGGGUCCUCCUGAUGCUGGCAUUCCCAGCACUCCCGAGCUUACAAAGAGUGCAUUGGGCGCUUCUGAGGGUCUUCGUCUAGCCUGCACGCUCCCGGUCUACCAAGACCCUGCUUUCGGUAUGUGCACGUCUUAUCGGCCAAGCGGUAGUAUGAACGCCAUGGGUGCAACUCAGGAUCCGGACUCAGCUAUCCGUAUACGCAAGAUUAUGGAUCACCUACUGGCUGCCAAGGAUGGGUUCUUGAGACUGCCUGUUGUGACAGUUGUGAAGGGCGCUGAGGCUGGUAUUGAGGCAAUCCGGCGUGUUGCCGGAGGUGAAAUGAGCUUGGAGAAGCUAACACUGAAGCAUCCACUGGAAUAG